AUGGCAUCACAAACACCAAAUAACCUCUCGGAGACCAGCACUCGCUGCUCCUCUCAGGAAAACCUCGAGUCCCUCAAAUCCCACAACAAUGACAUCGAAACCGGCGUCCGCACCUCCCCAUCCUCGUCCUCCGACUCCUCCCUCACAAUCUUCUCCUCCCUCUCCCGCCACUUCUCCGCCGAACUCUCCACCCGCGGCAGCGACAUAAUCCUCCUCCUCUGCUGGUUCACCACCGGCUUCCUGGACAGCACAAUCUUCCAAGCCUACCGAACCUUCGUCUCCAUGCAAACGGGCAACACAGUCUUCAUCGGCCUCGGCGCGUCCGCCAACACAGUCAACACGCCCACUUUGACCCAAGUACGUCCCUACGGCUGGCUAAAGUCGCUGGUCUCCCUCAUCGCCUUCGUCACCGGCUCCUUCAUCUUCGCGCGCAUCGGCAACGUGCUCGGUGGGCCGAAUAGAAGGCUCACUUUCACGUUCUCUUUUGCCACGCAGACGCUGUGUAUCUUUCUGAGUGCGGUGCUCGUGCAGACGGGCAUCGUGGAGAGUAGACUUGAGUAUAUUGGUGAGGAUAUUGAUUGGAUGCAUCUCAUCCCCAUCAUUUUACUGAGUUUCCAGGCGCCCGCGCAGACGGCGUGCGGGAGGGCCAUGGGGCUCUGGGAGGUCCCGACUGUGGUUGUCACGACGAUGAUCUAUGAUUUUGCGAGCGAUAAGAAGGUUUUUGCCGGGCUAAGGGAGAAUGCGAGCAGGAAUCGCCGGUUUGCGGGCUAUUGCUGCUUGGUGGUCGGUGCGAUACUGGGAGGCUUUGUCACGGUGCAUACGAGGCAUAUUGCUGUCUCGCUGUGGGUGAGCAUGGGGAUCAAGGCAUGCGUGACGCUGGCGUGGAUGGUGUGGCCUGCCAAAAAGGCGGGGAGAGGAGAGGGCGGAGGGUGUUGA